AUGUUCGGUCCACCCUUCAACGCCAGGAAUCGCCUUUAUCACCAGCACGUCCUGCUGUUCUCGCCUCCGGACGAGGACAUAGUCCAACGGGUGCCAGUGUCACGAACGAGGGUGCAUCCAGGUGACCUCCCGCGUCGGAAGGCGGAAGAAGAUGUUGGUCAGGAUGAGGCAAUGUUCUGCGCAGGUUCGUAGGAGGAGCAGGUCAUUGUCAGUGGAGACGUCAAGACCAUAGCGACCCAGCACUCCUCUCCGGGCGGCAUGGUCUGUGCCAACUCGGGAGUUGAAGUCACCAAGGACAUGCAACUUGUCCACUUUCAGCACAGUCGCCGGGGGGCGUGCAUGUCCUCGUAGAAUUCGUUCCUCGCCUUGUCAGGGCUGGUCAUCGUGGGGGGCGUAGACGCUGACAAUGAUGAUGAUGAUGAUGAUGAUGAUGAUGAUGAUGAUGAUGAUGAUGAUGGCCGUGGCGGUGGUGUUGGUGGUGGCUGCGGCGGUGGCGGCGAAUUUGCCUUACCAGUGAGGUAG